GGUACAGUAGGUGGCGGCUUGCACCAACGUUGGUUUGUAGUCCAUUAUGAAAAUAAACAGAAGAAACAAAACAAAAUGGAUGCUAGUUUCGAAAAGGACUUGUGCGAGGAGGUCCGCCGUUACCCACAGAUAUAUGAUUCGUCUUUAAAGGAGUACAGAGACAACCACAUUACGUCAAACGCCUGGCGACAAAUCGCUCAAACGCUUGGGAGAAAUGAACUAGCCUGCCGUAAUAAGUGGAAAGGUCUGCGAGACAGAUAUGUAAGGGCCAGGAAAAAGCUAAAAGAUGGGGGAUGCAACGCAGGCCGAAGUGCCUCUGCCUACAUCAUUUCCAUGUUAGAUUGGCUCUCUGGCUUCAUCAAUCAUCGUCCCACAGAGGCGACGCGGACCGUUAAAUGUAGCAGGCCAGGGCCUAUGCAAUGCGCGCCACCGCUAAAGGCGCGCAGCUCUCCAUGGAACGGGGAAAAUCCUCAUCUUCCUCUGUCAUCCGUGCGCCUCCUGGUUCCUCCACUGAGGUUGAUGUCAGCCUGUAUGUGGCAGGUGGCCCAGGAGCGGAAUGUAGACCAGUAUAACAAACUGGCUGAAUUCAUCACGUUGGUGACAGAGAUGGUCCCGGAGCUUCUGAACUACAAACAGAAGACUCAGCUGAUCCUGGGACUGAGAGCUCGGCUCAUCCUUGAAUUAUUAAAGAGGAUGGAUGAGGUUGACUGUAAAAGCUAUCCAGGCUCAUUUACGUUUCCAACAGACGACUACAAACCUCAUGCAUGA